AUGUCUGACUCCGAAGAAUCAUCACCCACGAUUAAUAUUAUAAAAGAAGAAUCUGAAUUUCAUCUAGCAGAAGAACAACUUAAUUCAAGUGCAUUCGAUAUACCAAUUCUAUCACGUGAAUCUAUCAAUUUGGUAAUUGAAAAUAAUUCGGUUCAUUUGCAUUCACAGCAAAUUCACCACGUGGAAGAAGAAGAAGAAAAUAAUACAAUGAGUGACAGCGGAAUAAAAAUUCAACCACUUGAUUCUACAAAUUAUGAAUCGUGGAAAAUACAAAUGCGUGCCGUGCAGUGUUAA